GAGGCUGCGGCUUGUGCUUCUCCUGGCUCUCCUCCCUCUCUUUGUUGAGGUCCGGCCUUCCCCCCUCCGCCUUUUCGAUCCGGGUGGGAGGGAGAAAGGAAGGAAACCUUAACGGUCGGCGCCAGGUGCCGGGGAAACCCAGAGGGCGACUCUGCUUCGUGGGCCCUGAGGGACGAAAGGGGCUGUAAAAAAUGGUGAAAGAAACCACUUACUAUGAUGUUUUGGGGGUCAAACCCAAUGCCACCCAGGAAGAACUGAAGAAGGCAUAUAGAAAAUUAGCCUUGAAGUACCACCCUGAUAAGAAUCCAAAUGAAGGAGAAAAGUUUAAACAGAUUUCUCAAGCUUAUGAAGUUCUUGCUGAUUCCAAAAAAAGGGAAUUAUAUGAUAAAGGAGGAGAACAGGCCAUUAAAGAGGGUGGAGCAGGUGGUGGUUUUGGCUCACCCAUGGAUAUCUUUGACAUGUUCUUUGGAGGAGGAGGAAGGAUGCAAAGAGAACGGAGAGGUAAAAAUGUUGUGCAUCAGCUGUCAGUGACCUUAGAAGACUUGUAUAAUGGUGCAACGAGAAAAUUAGCUCUGCAAAAGAAUGUGAUUUGUGACAAAUGUGAAGGCCGAGGUGGUAAGAAAGGAGCAGUGGAGUGCUGUCCCAACUGUCGGGGGACCGGCAUGCAAAUAAGGAUUCAUCAGAUUGGACCAGGAAUGGUUCAGCAAAUUCAGUCAGUGUGCAUGGAAUGCCAGGGUCAUGGAGAACGCAUCAGUCCUAAAGACAGAUGUAAAAGCUGCAAUGGGAGAAAGAUAGUUCGAGAGAAGAAGAUUUUAGAAGUUCAUAUUGAUAAAGGCAUGAAAGAUGGUCAGAAGAUAACAUUCCAUGGUGAAGGAGACCAAGAACCAGGACUGGAGCCAGGAGAUAUUAUCAUUGUGUUAGACCAGAAGGACCAUGCUGUUUUUACACGACGAGGAGAAGACCUUUUCAUGUGUAUGGACAUACAGCUGGUUGAAGCAUUGUGCAGCUUCCAAAAGCCAAUAUCCACUCUUGACAACCGAACCAUAGUCAUCACUUCUCAUCCAGGUCAGAUUGUUAAGCAUGGAGAUAUAAAAUGUGUGCUAAAUGAAGGUAUGCCAAUAUAUCGUCGGCCAUAUGAAAAAGGACGUCUAAUCAUUGAAUUUAAGGUAAACUUUCCUGAAAAUGGCUUUCUGUCUCCUGAUAAGCUCUCCUUGCUGGAAAAACUCCUUCCUGAAAGGAAGGAAGUGGAGGAGACUGAUGAAAUGGAUCAGGUAGAACUGGUGGACUUUGACCCAAAUCAGGAAAGACGGCGUCAUUAUAAUGGAGAAGCAUAUGAGGAUGACGAACAUCACCCCAGAGGUGGUGUUCAGUGUCAGACCUCUUAAUGGGCCAGUUCCUCUGUCAUUCUGUAUGCAGUAGUGAAUGUGGGAAGGACUGUAACCAUAAUAUGCUCACUACUUGGCUAUUGUUUUGUUUUAAUAUUCAACUAUAGUAGUGUUUUAAAAGUUAAAUGAAGAAUAAACAAAUAUAAAAGAUC